GUUUCUCUUUUUCUUUUGCCCCUUCUCGGAUACCGUCCUUCCUGAUGUGGGUGUGGACGCCAGAACAGAUGACUACACGAAUAAUGGAGGAGAAGCUCCAGUAGUCGAGACGCCUCCUUACAAGUUGUAAACACAAACAAACUGAAAACACAAACAGUUCCGUUGCUGCUGGGAAGUUGUAGCUGGAAUGCUGCGUCAGAAUGGGAAAUCUUUUUGGAAAGAAGAAGCACAGCCGAGUGACGGAGCAAGACAAGGCGGUGCUGCAACUGAAGCAGCAGCGAGACAAACUGAAGCAAUAUCAGAAGAGGAUCAGCCUGCAGCUGGAGAAGGAGAGGCUGCUGGCAAAGCAGCUGCUCAGGAAUGGCAAAAAAGAUAAAGCGCUCCUCCUGCUGAAGAAGAAGCGCUAUCAGGAUCAACUGCUGGACAAGACGGAGAACCAGAUCGGGAACCUGGAGCGCAUGGUUCAGGACUUGGAGUUCGCUCAGAUCGAAUCGAAGGUCAUCCAAGGGUUGAAAGUGGGAAACGAGUGCCUGAAGAAAAUGCACGAGGUGAUGUCCGUGGAAGAAGUGGAGCGGAUCAUGGAUGAAACCCAGGACGCCGUGGAGUACCAGAAGCAAAUCGACGACAUGUUGGCCGGUUCUCUGUCUCAAGAGGACGAGGACGCCGUGCUCGCCGAGCUGGAGGCGCUCACGCAGGGAGACGUCGAGCUUCCAGAGGUUCCUGAAGACCAGCUUCCUGUUGUCCCCGAGGCCACAGAGAAGAAACCAGAGAGCGAGCGUUCCAGGAAGAAGCCCGAGCGGGAGAUGCUCGCCGCCUGAAGAACCGUGGACCGUCCUCCUGAUGGAUGUUCUCCACGAGUGCCUCCUUCACCUGGAGAACCCUCCUCCCUCUGCGAUGAGGGAUGAGGCCUCUCGGACGCAGAGCUUCCCCCAUCGCCACAUGAAGGACUUGGCCCGCUGGACCAAUGCUGAGCCACGAAGACCUGUGAGAUCCGAUGUUUCACUCGUGUAUCACUCCACCUCCAUAAACUCCCGUACGCAGCCGUCACUCCUCACUCCUCGACUCCUCGACUCCUCACUCCUCCACGUUCUGGUUUCACUUCCUUUACUUCUCAGUUCAACGAGUGCGGCGCUGCUUCUCUUUGAUGUCCUCGGACCUGGACGGUUUUUAUCGGGACUACUUUCCACCAAAGAUGUGAACAUCAAAGCUUCAUCACACAUAUCUAAGUCUGUAAAAUGAGUUGUCGAGAACAAAGAGAUUUAUACUCCUCUAGUGAGAACUUUCCCCGUAAAGAAACCUUUUUCUUGCUUUUUAAUAAUAAUAAAAACACUUUAAGAAUAGUCUUUAAACACAAAAACACCCUGACAUUGUUUUAAAUUGAAACCAUGACGAUGUGAUAUGAGUUUGACUUCAAAGGAGACGUAUCAUGAACAACCAGUUCACUCACUCAUCUGCUGUGCAAAGGAUUGUGGGUCAGAAAACAUCCUGCGACACAUUCCUGGGCACACUAAAUCACACCUGGACUAACUCGUUUGACGUGUUUUGGAACAUAUUUCUCUCUCCAGCCAAUCGGAGCAGGGAAUAUAAUCUGAUAAACGUUAUGAGAAGAAUAAUGUGUUUGGCUUUUUAAAAGAUUAAAACAUGUAAAUGCGUUCUAGUAGAAAUCAAAAGAAAUACAAAUGUGAACCUUAA